UAGAAAUUUUCCCGCCAUUACUCGCUGUAUAUGGCGGUAAAAAUGAGUUCCUCAAUAUCACUCUCCUUUCUCUCUCGAAAUUUCUCUGCAAUUUCUUCACCUCCAUUAAUGUCUUCUUCAAAAUCCAUAACUGACUUUUUCAGUCCUCCUCCUAAACGAAUCAAGAUUUCUGAAACCCUAAUUUCAAAACCCACCACUAUAUCUGCUCACUCAAAAUCAGGCCCUGAUAAUGUUGAUGAUGGUUCAAGUCUUUCUGUUGAACAGAAAACCAAGAUUGAAUUCAACAAAUCUCUUGCAAGAGCUAAAAGAAACCUCAAAAUCUGCACUGACAGAGUCUCCAAGUCCAAAGAGGAAGGGAAGUUUGUGAAGCUGGAGGAGCUAUUGGUGGAGGAGACAUGGAUAGAAGCACUUUCUGGGGAGUUUGAGAAAGCUUAUGUCAAGACAUUAUCUACUUUUGUUGAGAAAGAAAUUUCUGGAAAUGUACCUAUUUAUCCACCUACACAUUUGAUUUUUAAUGCGAUGAAUUCGACUCCGUUCGAUAGAGUAAAGGCGGUUAUCAUUGGUCAGGAUCCUUAUCAUGGACCUGGUCAAGCAAUGGGUCUUUCUUUCUCAGUGCCAGAGGGGAUUAAGAUUCCUUCAAGUUUGGGGAACAUAUUCAAGGAACUUAAGCAAGACCUGGGUUGUGCCAUUCCUACCCAUGGGAACUUGGAACGGUGGGCAUUACAGGGUGUUUUACUGCUCAACACUGUACUUACAGUUAGAAACCAUCAGGCAAAUUCUCAUGCUAAAAAAGGUUGGGAACCUUUCACAGAUGCAGUAAUCCGAACAAUUUCGCUAAGAAAAAGUGGUGUUAUUUUCCUCCUCUGGGGGAAUUCUGCUCAAGAAAAGUCUAAACUAAUUGAUGAGUCGAAGCACCACAUUCUGAAAUGCGCCCACCCUUCUGGUUUGUCUGCAAACAGAGGUUUCUUCGAUUGCAGGCAUUUUUCGAAAACGAAUCAUAUCUUGGAGCAAUUAGGAGUCCUUCCUGUCAACUGGCAACUCUAAGUUAUUUUCUUGGUAGUGGGUAUCACAUUUUGCUCCAGUUUGGUUGUACUUGUACCUUUUCUAAGCCUUAUUAAGAAGCUCACCUCCAAUGCUGGAACCGAAGACCUUGCAGAACUGAAAGUUCGUUUUGAUAUUGCCAAGCAUAAUGCAGUUUUAAUUAGUGUAACAUUUGUGCCAGGAAAUGCCUAAUUCUAGUCCAAGAACAGGCAAGAAACCUUUUGCAGAAGGACGAGGCACGAGAUAUGUCAGUAAUAUUAUGACAUGAAAUUUUUCACAAAAUCCUUGUAAAUAACUAAGAAAUGCAGGUUUUUGUUUUCCUAUAUCUCAGAAAGAUUUCCGCAUUUUGAGCCAUCCUCAAAAGGGACAACUCUUACUUUCUUUAAUUUUACUGGA